AGGUGAUAACGUUAUUAUUAACCAUAUUUAUUUGAAAUAUAUAAAUGGUGUCAUAACUUAGAGUAUUAUUAUAUCGAGUAUCUAAGAUCUAUUAUUAAACAUGUUUAUUCAAAUGAAACCUAACAUUGCACACGUACUAGCCAGUCUGAACACUGGCUACCCAUAUACCUGAAGCAAAUAGUGCGUUAUCACUAAGAACUACGAAAGUGUAAUAAAGUUAAUGUUCAACAUUGAUAUUCAGGUAAUAAACUUUGGCAUGUUUGCAAUUCCCUUCUCAGUGCCAUACUGGUUUUUUUCCAAGUAUAACUUCAAUGCCCUAGAUCAUCAUUUUAGUGUGUGAGAUGGACUUUUAACAAGGUAACAGUUUAACGACGGUCUGUAUUCACCGCAGGUCGCCAUGACUUCUGGUCUACGCUUACUACUCGCUCUGAUCGCACUGCCAGGAUUAGAACUAACUGUGGUAUCAGCAAAAACGUAUGGCGAACCCAAUCCAUCGGAAAAAGAAAUACAGUACUGGAGGCGGAUGGCUGAGGAGACUCUGGCCGAGAGGCUGAAGGUCAGACCGAUAGAAGGAGUGGCCAAAAACCUCAUCUUGUUCAUCGGAGACGGAAUGUCUAUCUCGACUCUCACCGCAGGCAGGAUAUAUCUUGGUCAACUGUUCAACCAGUCGGGUGAGAGCACCAAGCUGAGUUUCGAACGCUUUCCCUACACAGGUCUGUCGAAGACUUAUUGCGUCGAUAAACAAGUAGCGGACUCUGCAAGCACAUCGACUUCGUAUGUGGGCGGUGUCAAGGCUAAUUUUGGCACUAUAGGAGUCAGUGCUGAAGUACCGCUUGGGGAUUGCAACAAGUCUAAUGAUCCUAGAACUCACGUGGACUCCCUGGUGAAUUGGGCACUCGCAUCGGGUAAAGCAACUGGUGUCGUCACCAACGACGAGCUUACGGGAGCAUCACCGGCGGGAAACUACGCACAUACAGCUUUCAGAUUCUGGCAGAGUGACAGAGAUGAGAUCAUAGCGCCCCUCCCAGCCGAUCCAACCACGUGCCCAGACAUUGCCCGGCAGCUGAUUCAAAACUAUCCCGGGCAGGAUAUCAAGGUUCUACUUGGAGGUGGAAGGCUCAAGUUCUUGUCUGAGAAAGAUGGAGGAGAGCGGUUGGACGGCCGAAAUCUGGUAGAGGAGUGGAAACAAGACAAGAGACACAAGGGAAAGGCGAAAUAUGUAACAAGUCGAGAGGAACUCAAGAACGUUGACGUUCACACUGAUUAUGUUUUUGGUUUGUUCAGCGAUGGUGUGAUGCCACCGCACAACGAGGAGGAGGACCAGCGACUAAGGCCCAGUCUAGCGGAAAUGACCGAGGCCGCCAUCAAGCUUCUUAAAAAGGAGAAAAACGGGUUCUACCUAUUCGUGGAGAGCUCCGAGAUCGACAAAUUUCACCACUCGAACCAGGCCGGGACCGCACUGGACGAGACAGUGGAACUUCACAAGGCUGUUCUGGCGGCACUGAGUUUGGUGGAUAUCCAGGAAACCCUGAUUGUGGUGACAGCAGAUCACGCCCACACCUUGUCUAUGUCCGGGUAUCCUGACAGGGGCAAUGACAUUCUAGGAAUUGCAGGAAUAUCCACUGAAGACCUUCUCCCAUAUACAACACUGAGUUACGCCACUGGGCCGGGUGCCGAGGUACAGAGAGCCGGUCCUCUGCGCAGAGACGUGUCCAUGGACGACUUCAGUGACCUUUCGUACACUUACCCAGCGCUAGUGCCAAUGUUAGCAGCGACUCACGGGGGUGACGACGUUGCUGUGUUCUCCCAGGGACCCUGGGCUCAUCUUUUAGUCGGGAGCUUUGAAGAGAACUAUAUUCCCAUAGUGAUGGCGUACGCUGCUCAAAUUGGACCCUGUGGUACUGAAGCACAUUCGUCCUACUUACACCCUGUAGAGAAACCUUUUUCUGAAUUUCGGGUGAGGAACGUCCGUAAACGACCUAUCAACGAGUUUAGAGCAGGAUAACACUCAAAGGUUUCAAUACUAUAUAAUAUGUUUUGAACAAUGAAAGAACAUACACGGUUGGUGAAACAUGAAAUAAAAAUACGAGUAUAUAUAUUAUACAUCCUUGUUGAAAAAUAUUAGCCCACAAUUUAUAUAUCUAUUUAGACAUAUUUCUUUCUAAUAACAAUUAUAAAUUCACACUUCGUGAAAAAGUAUUUGUAAAUUGUUCCUAAAUUUCUUUUUUCUUGUGGUUGCCAACAUAUUUUGGUUUACUUUUUUUAGCGCUCAAACAAAAUCGGGAGUGCCGAUUGGCAAGCGGUCUAAGACGUUGGACUUUGAGUCUGAAUUAGAGAUAGCGCAGGUUCGAAUCCUGUCUGUGACCCUUGCACUUUUUAUCAGUACCAUCGACCUUGUACUGUAUCGACUCUCCCCCUUAUUCUAUUUGAUAAGAUCCUCGCACAAGCCAGUGGCCCAUGAGGACGGGCAGAAAGGAGAUCGGCUUCUCCUAAAAAAAUGAAUAAAAAACGUUAUAACCUAUUGCGUUUGGAAUAAUAUAAUUCCAUGUAAAGAUCUCAUGUAUUAAGAAAACCUUAAUUUUUAUUUAAAGUUGUGUUAUAUCUGUCUGUUAUACAAUACAAUUUAUUCAAUAUGUCAUAUUAAAUAUUAAACUAUUUAGAUGUUUUUUAUCUUUGCUAAAUUAUAUAUUUUGUAUUUUAAUCCUCUAUAUGUAUGUAAGAGAUUUCGAGAUGUAUGAUGUAUUGUUAAUAUAUACAUUUAAGAGUU